AUGAUUCUCAACAUACUUUCGUUUGCUCUGACGGUUACGUUGGUUGCUUCACAAGCAACAAAGCCACCCUGCGCCGAUCCAGGAUUGUUGAGUGGUAUAAUUGCAUUCUGCGGCGCAGGCGGUUACACAGCCAACGCUACAUGUCAGUGUCAGAACAUCGACCAAAUCUUGAAUGCUGCAGUGCCAAUUCUGGACGCCCUUUGUCCUGCAGACAGUGUAGCAAUUACACCAGAUGCUUAUUACGAUAUUGCGUGCCGCGAUUCACCUAACGCGCCACGACCGACGACCAUACCUUCUGCUUUGCCGAAUCCUGGCAGUCUUCCGAACUGUGGAGCUGGAGCAUUCAGUGACGCCACCAAGUCUGCCACCACUUGUCUUCCGUACGACUUUGGAUGCAUGUGUCGCAAUCUCGACAGUCUCAUCGUUGCUGCCACCCCCGAGCUCAAUUCUGGAUGCUCUGUGGAGGACGCCUCAACUUCAGUGGAAGUUUAUCGAAGGCUCUGCGUUCAAUUCCAGGCGGCUUUGACGCAAGCGACUGGCUCUAUCACUCUUUCGAGAAGUUCCCAGAUGCCAUCAUCGCCAUCUAGUGUCUUGCAAUCCUCGUCCUCGACUUCUAGUGCAACAUCUACACUCUUUUCAAGCUCUCAAUCAUCGUCCAGCUCGACUUCGAGCAGCAUUCUAGCGGGCGGAUCGGGAAGCACCUUUGAUAGCGUCCUCGUCACCUCCACUCUCACCUCUGCCCAGACUCCAUUGGCUUCCACUUCAACUCAGACCUCCUCGGUAUCCCUCUCGACCAAGCUCUCUACCGAUCUCAUCUACGCGACCACCAGCAAGAAUCCCGUUAUUGCUUCCGAGAGUGAAACCACCAAGGCCUUUACAAACACCUCUACUGUCACAGCCACUUGCACUUCCGGUUGCGGCAAACCUGUGACCACCUCUGUCCGAAUCUGGUCUAUCUACACUAUCGUUACCAACCUUGUCACUUACUGUACUGGAUCCACUACCCUCACCAUCGAUGAGACCAUGACUAUUACUGUGACAGCCCCUACCACCUUGACUGUUCCUUGCACCAGUACUAUUUCUAAGGAGGUUUGGGUUCAGACCACUCUGCCGACACCCAUUGCCCAUACUUCCCAGCAUGCUCAGAGUGCUGCUGCUGUAGACUCGUCUGGCACUUUAUCUGGCGUUUCUCCCCCAGCCGCCUCAGCUGCUGAAGGCAGUGCUGUCCCUGCACACACCAUUGUAACCGCCAACUGCCCAGCUCAAGUCACUGUGACUGUUACUAUCACCAGCACGAUGCUUCAAGCUAUGGACACCCCUUCUUCUGCUCCCUCCGGUGCGCGCACUGCCACUACCAUGGUGACUAGCAGGACGAGUUUCGUUGAACCUGCUGCCAAUACUUCCGGCGGGAAAUGCCCCCUUCAACUCAUCAACAAUUCUUAUGAGUUUCCCCACCGUCUCGAAAUCAAUGGCAAUGCCGGCUACUUUGGCCAGGUCAGUAAGUCUGACAGCACUUGCGUCGAAUUUGACAUUCCCGUUUCCUAUGCCGGCAAGACUUGCACGACCUACUUCAGCCUGCCCAAUAAGCAGGAUUUAAAGACUUCCUCUUAUGACUUGAGUGCUUCCCCGGGUGGCAAGAUUACUGUCACUGCCGAAAGCAGCAAUACCGUCACUAGCUUCGUUCCUGCUGGCGAUAAAGCUUUCAAAGUCGAUUCGGGCAAGUGUCAGCCCGGUCGGGUGAGCUACGUCAUGACCACACCAGACGACGUCUACAUCAAUUGGUUCCAGGACCGUAACGACUGUGCUCUUGGAAUGUUUGUUGUGGCUUCUUGA